CAGUGAGUUGAUUGGAUGAGUCCUAUCGAUUGUUAUUUUUUUUCUUGCAGAGAGGAGGAGGAGCAGCUGCGGAAUAAGAUCCGAGCGGACCAUGAGCGCGCCCUCCAGGAGGCCAAGGAGAAGUUAAAGAAGUCUCGGGAUGAGAUCAGGGCCGAGAUCCAGACUGAGAAGAACAAGCUGAUAGAAGAAAUGAAGAAGAAAGAUAAUCCGCCCUUACCGCUGGCACCCGUGCCCAACCUGCCCGAGCUGAAGAACGGCGACCCUGGGGACCCAGAAAUCCGAGAGAAACGGGAUAAAAUCAAGGAGAUGAUGAAGCAUGCCUGGGAUAAUUAUCGGCAGUACGGCUGGGGCCACAAUGAGCUCAAACCCAUCGCAAGGAAGGGCCAUUCCACCAACAUCUUCGGGAAUUCCCAGAUGGGGGCCACCAUAGUGGACGCCUUGGACACUCUCUACAUUAUGGGUCUCGUGGAGGAAUUCCGGGACGGACAGGAGUGGGUGCAGAACAAUCUGGAUUUCAGUGUGAAUUCAGAAGUUUCUGUGUUUGAGGUGAACAUCCGAUUCAUCGGUGGCUUGCUGGCUGCGUUCUACCUGUCCGGACAGGAGGUGUUUAAGACCAAGGCCGUCAUGCUGGCCGAGAAGCUCCUACCGGCUUUUAACACACCAACAGGAAUCCCCUGGGCUAUGGUGAACCUGAAGAGUGGUGUUGGCAGGAACUGGGGCUGGGCAUCGGCUGGCAGCAGUAUCCUGGCAGAAUUUGGGACGCUCCAUAUGGAGUUUGUACACCUCACCUACCUAACGGGGAACCCUGUAUACUACAACAAGGUCAUGCACAUCAGAAAACUCCUGCAGAAGAUGGACCGUCCCAACGGGCUUUACCCAAACUACCUAAACCCCAGGACCGGGCGAUGGGGGCAGCACCACACCUCUGUCGGCGGAUUGGGGGACAGUUUUUACGAGUAUCUCCUGAAGGCCUGGCUGGUGUCUGACAAGACGGACACGGACGCUCGGAACAUGUAUGACAAUGCCAUCGAAGCCAUCGAGAAGCACCUCGUCCGCAAGUCGAACGGCGGUCUGACCUUUAUUGGUGAAUGGAAGAACGGUCACCUGGAGAGGAAGAUGGGUCACCUGACCUGCUUCGCGGGCGGCAUGUUCGCUCUGGGUGCAGAUGGGUCACCGGACGACAAGGCCGGACACUACCUUCAGCUGGGGGCGGAGAUCGCUCACACGUGUCACGAGUCAUAUGACAGGACAGUGUUGAAGUUGGGUCCGGAGGCCUUCAAAUUCGAAGGCGGCGCAGAAGCGGUGGCCGUGCGGCAGAACGAGAAGUAUUAUAUCCUGCGCCCGGAGGUCAUAGAAACCUACUGGUACAUGUGGCGCUUCACCCACGACCCCAAAUAUCGCGCCUGGGGCUGGGAGGCCGCGCAGGCCAUUGAGAAGUACUGCAGGGUGAGCGGUGGAUUCUCGGGAGUGAAGGACGUCUACUCCUCAUCACCAGCCUACGAUGACGUCCAGCAGAGCUUCUUCCUCGCUGAGACACUCAAGUACCUGUAUCUUCUCUUCUCCAGCGACGAUCUUCUGCCAUUGGACAACUGGGUCUUCAACACAGAAGCUCAUCCGUUACCUGUCAUCCGCCUGGCCAAUAGCACGCUGCCCGGAAGCCAUGUGGCACGAUAGGACCACCUACCUGGGACCACUUCAGACUUGAUGGGGCUUUAACCCCAGCAGACCUCUGUUAACGCGACUGGGGGGGUGACCCUCCUGUCCCCAGGCACAAUUCCAUUUUAUAUCAUGUAUUAUUAUUAUUUUUUUCUUUUAUUUGCCGCCGACCAGAACGUUGGAAGGAGGCGCUUCACCGACCAAACUGCUCUGCUUACAAAGGCUGCUAUCGCGGGGCUAGGGGGGGGGGGGGUUCAGGGCCAAACAGCAGGGGCUGGGGGCUGUCACAGGGCGUUUUAUCAUUAGUCACAUGUUUUUGCGGCACUUUUCGGCAGAUUUUGCACUGCGCGGUGUAACGAGCAUUUUUAAUAUGCGGACACUAAAGACGUUGCCAAGGUUUUUCUUCACGAAUCCGGUGACUGGGGCAGAGCCGGCGCCCCUGUGUGGAAGAGAAGUGAACAGCGAGACCCGGUCACAUGGAAGGAAGUUCACAGCGGGUCAGCGAGAACAUUCAGGCGGAGGGAGGAAGGGUCUCCUCCCUGUAAUCCUGCCCCCCCCCCCUCUGAGGCGUUCACUAACCCCCCCCCCUCCCUUUUUAUUUCAGUUUGUGGAUAUUAGCAGCAUGAGCAAAGCAAACAAGCAGGGGAUUAAAGACAUUGUACAUA